GGCUGUUUUGGACACCCCGAUUCGAGUGUUAGCACCUGGAUAUAAUUUUACCUUGAGUGACAGAUAUAGAACGGAGAGUACGACCUUCCGUGACCUUUUGUCCCACAAGGUCUGCACAUUUCCAGAAUUGCCAGGCAUGUUUGUUCAAUCUUAUACCGGUUCGGAUGACAUAUAUUAUCGACACCGCUACGCUCCCGAGUACUGCAGCUUUCGAGACGGCUUCGCCUACAACAAUGGGUUGAUCGGGAUGGCUGGAGAUAUCAUUGCGUACAUGGGAAACACAACCUUUACCGAUAUGUUGUCCGAAUUACUUGUCGCCAUUGGGAUGAAUGAGACGACCUGGGUGAAGGACACCGACGACCACAAUAACAUGAUGGGUCGCUCAGUUCCAUACUGAGGAAGGAUGGCGGACUCCUCCGCUACAAUUCGGAAUUGCUCAAGUCCGUAGUGAUUGUAAAUGCUGCGGGGGGAAUUUUAAGUUCUCCUCUAGAUAUGCUCAAGUAUAUGCAAUUUCAUCUAAAUCUGGGCAAAGUAGGAGACCAGCAGAUCGUCCCAGAGAACGUCAUGAGCUGGUUGACCACACCAUCCAACAUGCAAUUCCGCGGCGUCAUAAAAACCGGAGAUAAUCCAAAUGCCACAGUCGACCUGAACGUGGCGUAUGGCCUUUGUCUCAAUGUAGGAAUUUAUGACGGUUGGCUUCGCCUGAGUCAUGGUGGCUACAUCACUCCGUACGAAAGUUCGAUGCAUAUCUUCCCAACGCUGAACUUGGGCAUCUUCAUCGUUAUGAAUGGACCUGGCUCAGUUUCCGGGACUCUGUACCCCGUCAAUGUUUUAGUGAACGAUAUUUUCGACACACUUCAAGGAAAUGCAAAGCGGAGUUCACAAAUUGCCCCGGUUGGUCAACCCUCCGACUUAACCGUCGGACCGUACCCGGUUCGAAGAAGGUAUGCAAAUGAUAACCAAGUAAAUGUAGGAGCCGAAUUGAAAAUUGAGCCGGAAGAGGCUGUCGGUCUUUUUGGGAGUGGUUUCAACGGCGAGAUGAACAUCACGAUGCGGACGAAUCUGGACGGAGUGCCACAAUUGUACGUCGAGUACGGCAUUUGGGGUCAUGGUUGGCUAACGCAGAGUUCCAAUGCAACAUUUACCAUUGCAUGGGAUACUGACUACUGGAUGAUGUCGUGGUCCAAUCAGGUCGGGGCGACGGAAGUGACUUUGUUCUUCGUAGAUGUGGACACGAUCCAAUAUUUGGAAGCGGGAUUUCAAAGUGCUACCAAUUUUGAGAGAGGAUUACGACUCGAUGACCUACCAGCAAUUCCAUACGCACCCGAUAGUUGUGGAUUGUAGGGAACGGGAAAAUAUUUAUAAAAUAAGAAAUUAAACUAAGGAGGGGAGCUUCACCACUUGCCACUCACAGAAUCCGAUGCCCUUUGGAUACCUUGUAGUACCCCAUGAGUGUGCUAAAACCCUGAAACGGUUUGACUCCAUGGCCACAUUUGCGCCCGCCACACCCACUCAAAGGCGCGAAAAACACGAAAAUCAUCACGUUCAAAAAUUCAUCAAAAAUCCAA